AGGAUGCAGGCCCCAGGGGCUCUCGGGGUGUUGCAGACGUGGGUGGGGAGCAAGGGAGAAGAGAAGGGGGGCGAUUUCAGAGGCCAGGGCUCCCGUGGUAGAUAAGAGAAGGGAGAGCCCCAAAGGUGAUGAGCUCGCCCAGAGCGGGUCAGUGGCCGAGGGCAGCCACGAAACCCUGGCGGGUUAGAGCUGGCUCUGGGCUGGCAAGUCCCUUCCCUUGGCCUCAGUUUACUCGUGGGCAAAGUGGAGGCAGGCGGAGCAGAGGAUCACUGAGGGCCCUUCUUGGGCUCCAAAGUGCAGAUCAUGGAAGCUUCCCGAUAAACGCCAUGCCUGGCGUCUUGACUCCCAGGCCAGGGCUGGCCUUUCUGGGGAAGGAGUUUCUGUUUCUCUGGCCCUCAAAUCAGAUACGAUUGGGACUGGGGAGCGGAGGGAAGGCGGGUGAGACCUCCCGGGCCUCUUGGGUCACCGAAGGAGAUGGGGGAAUGCCAUGCUGCUAGGGUUCACCCCCCUGGGGUUCCCACCGAUGUCCCCCUCGCAGGCCUUGUGGCUCGUCCCGGAGCCGAGGGAGGGGGAUUCAGGGUCCCCUGUCCCUGCCCUUGCCCCAGAGUGAGGGCUGGAAGCCUGAAUGUUCUUGCGAGGGGGGGGAGACCCUCACCCCCGAGGGCUUCCAGGUUUGGGAGGGACCCUAGGAAGAGCCCUUCCCGCCUUCAUCAGCAGGUUCUGCUCCAGCAGCGCACGUGGCUCCCGGGCAUUGGAGAGGGACAGGUGGUUACAGGGGAGAAUGGGGGGGCCUGCCCCCUGCAUUGCCCCUUUGCCCCUGGUUUUCCCUCCCCCAGCCCUGUACCCAGCCUGCCCCUCUGGGCACAAAAAGCCAAGCUGUCUGAGCACCAGUGGAGGAAUAUCCCUUCCCUCCCACCGCCAGGGCCUCGGAUGCCGGGGCCACCCUGCCCAGCCUGCCAGCCCGGGGUCCCGUGAGUCCCCAGAGCUGCUGGUCUUGUGACGUGGGCACCUGUCUGCUGGGGCCUGGGCCCCGGCCCAAGCAGGGGCCACCCGGCUGCCCUGUCAACAGAGUAUUUUGGGCUCUUGCUGACCGGAGCCAAAUGCAGACUCUCCACCGAGAGACCCCAGGCUGGCUGCUUGCCCUGGGAGCGCUCAGCUCAGGUUUCUGCUAUAUAAACACACUGGGACACCCUGGCUUAGAAGUAGCCCCAGGAUCCUGGCCCUUCACGUCCCAGGCCCUGUCUUUCCCCGCCUUGGGCUGGAGAACCGGCCAAAGGCAGAAGCUCGCCUUCCCUCGAGCCCCGAGAGCAGCAAGGAGCCCCCCGCCCUCCCUGCUAACUUUGAGGACCUCUGGGCCCGGAGCAGAGCCCGAUGAGCGGACUGAGAUGCCCUGUAUCCCGGCCCAGUAUGGGACAUCAGCUCCGAGCCCAGGACCUCGUGACCACUUCUCAGGGGAGCCCCUGAUCCAGAGCCGGAUCGCCAUGGACCUGGCCGGCCCGGAGGUGCCCCCCACAGCCCCCACGGCGCUGCCCAGCUUCAGCACCUUCAUGGAUAGCUACAGUGGCGAGUUCGACACCUUCCUGUACCAGCUUCCGCCCGGGGCCCCCCAGCCCUCGUCGUCGUCCUCGUCCUCGUCGUCCUCCUCUUCGUCCACGUCCUCCUCGUCGGCCACGUCCCCAGCUUCCUCCUCCUUCAAGUUCGAGGACUUUCAGAUCUACGGCUGCUACCCCGGCUCCUUCAGCAACCAGCUGGAGGAGACCCUGUCGUCCAGCGGCUCCGACUACUACGGCAGCCCCUGCUCGGCCCCGUCCCCGUCCACCCCCGGCUUCCAGCCCCCGCAGCUGUCCCCCUGGGACGGGGGCUCCUUCGGCCCCUUCUCCCCCAACCAGACUUACGAGGGCCUCCGCGCAUGGACGGAGCAGCUGCCCAAGGGCCGCCCCCAGCCCCCCGCCUUCUUCUCCUUCAGCCCCCCGGCCGCUCCCAGCCCCACCCUGGCCCCCAGCCCCCUGAAGCUGCUCCCGCCACAGGCCGCGCACCGGCUGGGCGACGGGGAGGCCUUCGGACAGCCCGUCUUUUCUGCCCUGGCCCCUGGCUCCCCGCACCUGGACGGGCCCUUGUCCCCAGCCAAGGCCCGAGGAGGGGUCCCGGGGGGCCCUGAAGGCCGCUGCGCCGUGUGCGGGGAUAACGCCUCCUGCCAGCACUACGGGGUCCGGACCUGUGAGGGCUGCAAGGGCUUCUUCAAGCGGACGGUGCAGAAAAACGCCAAGUACGUGUGCCUGGCCAACAAGGACUGCCCCGUGGACAAGAGGCGCAGGAACCGCUGCCAGUUCUGCCGUUUCCAGAAGUGUCUGGCCGUGGGCAUGGUGAAGGAAGUGGUCCGGACGGACAGUCUGAAGGGCCGCCGGGGGCGCCUCCCCUCCAAACCCAAGCAGACUCCGGACUCCUCUCCGGUGAACCUCCUCACGUCCCUGGUCCGGGCACACAUUGACUCUGUGCCCAGCACUGCCAAGCUGGAUUACUCCAAGUUUCAGGAGCUAGUGUUGCCCCAGUUUGGGAAGGAGGACCCCGGAGACGUGCAGCAAUUUUAUGACCUGCUGUCCGGCUCCAUGGACGUGAUCCGCAAGUGGGCCGAGAAAAUCCCCGGCUUUUUGGAGCUGCCUCCUGCCGACCAGGACCUGCUGCUGGAGUCGGCCUUCUUGGAGCUCUUCAUCCUCCGGCUGGCCUACAGGUCUAAGCCGGGAGAGGGGAAGCUCAUCUUCUGCACGGGGCUGGUCCUUCAUCGGCUGCAGUGCGUGCGCGGCUUCGGGGACUGGAUCGACAGCAUCCUGGCCUUCUCGCGGUCCCUGCACAGCAUGGUCAUCGACGUCCCAGCCUUCUCCUGCCUGGCCGCCCUCGUCAUCAUCACCGACCGCCACGGGCUGCAGGAGCCACGGAGGGUGGAAGAGCUCCAGAACCGCAUCGCGGGCUGUCUGAAGGAGCACGUGUCGUCCUCCCCGUCCGGAGAGCCCCAGCCGCCCAGCUGCCUGUCUCGCCUGCUGGGCAAGCUGCCCGAGCUCCGCACCCUGUGUACCCAGGGGCUGCAGCGAAUCUUCUACCUCAAGCUGGAGGAUCUGGUGCCGCCCCCCGCCAUUGUGGAGAAGAUCUUCAUGGACACGCUGCCCUUCUGAGACCCCGAGCCCGCACACGCCCGUACACCCCAGUGCCUUCAGCUCCAGCUCCGUGCCCAGGACCCCUCCGCACUCCCAGGGAGCGCGGAGAACUGUCUAGGCCUUAAUAGGAGGCGGCGCCGGGGGGGAGGCCUCUUUCCGGCCCUCCUCCCCUCCCUGACAAAAAGGCUGGCCAUCCCCUCUUGCUUUAAUUUUUUUGUAUAAUAAAUCUUUUUAACAAGCACGUUGUAAAUAGGCAGCAAGCUGCUGUUGUAUAUACCAGAGAGAGAGGCCGGGGUGAGGAGGAUGGGUGGGAGGGAGCAUGGGCGAGAGGUGAUGCUGGGGGGACCCAACAGUUUCACUCCAGACUUGUCUGAAGAUGCCCUUCCCCAUCCCCUCUAUCCCCCUGCCACGAUGUAAAUAAAUUGUCUGUCACUAGAAGAAAUGACCUAGGACAGAGUCUGACGUUUAUAUUGGUGUAUUUUUCUGGAUUUAUAGUAUGUGACUUUUCUGAUUAAUAUAUUUAAUAUAUUGAAUAAAAAAAACAGACUUGUAGCUGAA